ACAUACACAACGUUAUAACAUAACCUCGUUUAGUGUGACAGUUGACACCAUAUGACACUCGCAUGGAUAAAAGAGACUUACGUGCUAUAAAACCCUAUGGACGAGUUAAAGAGGAUGGAUCACGAAGACGAGUUCCUCAACACCUUCUUCACCCAGGUCGCACAAUUAUGCUCCGACAAGGCCAAGGAGACAGUUGAGAGAGAAAGGGAGUCGUGCAAACAGAUGCAAAUGGGUCCAUGGGGAAUGCUUCUGAUGCACUUACCGCAGAUAGCCGUGGCGGAACGUUCAUAUGCGGAUUUAGGUUUUCUCAAUACUAAAAACAAAGGUUUCCUCAGAAAAGAUAAUUCCUUGAAGACUGUUUACGAAUCAUUGAAGUCCGACUUGAAAAGAUUAGAGGAAAUGACCAAGGGAACGAACUCUAUCGGCACGACAGUCGCAAAUGUUUCCAAUCAACUCUGUCAGUUCAUCACGGCAAGAAUCCAACUGAUAGAUUUCUACGAGAGAAUGUACAACAUGAGUAUAAACAGCAAAGUUAUGAAGCAUCAAGAAUUGCUGCAGUGUAUAGAAGGGAUAGUGAAGUGCUAUUUAUUAUCCUGUUCUCAUUUGGCGUUAAUUGCUAUUAAGACAAGUUUAACAUUAGAAUGCGAAACACUAGUGCAAUUAAUGAAAGCGCAAGUAGAAGUUCAAAACUGGAGAUUUUUACCGACCCUGAUGGCGCUCUAUGGAGCGCAAACGCGAAUGGCAGCUUGGGAAAGAACUCUGCAGAGCAAGGAGUCCUGGAAAUUGGGCUUCGGUGCGACGUUCCUCAAGGCAAAUCAACAACCAGCAUUGUAUCAAUGGCUGGUGAAGCUUCGCGGUGCCAUAUUGGCUAAGUGUUCUCUGUAUUUCCACACUACUUUAAGCCAACAAGCUAGUCCAGGGGAAAUGAGGAGUAUUGUGAGCAAGCAGAGUGUAGAUUAUUAUCAUAAGAUACAGAGUUUUCAACGAAAGUACGACAUACUAGCCGUACUGAUAAUCUUCGACUCCAGAGAAACUGAAAAUUCAGGUUCGGGAUACAGACAUCCAGGGAGAGGAGCAAACUCGUCCGAGAGCUUUCCCAUUGUCGUUUGUUGUCCUGGUACUUUCACGCAGAAACCAUCAGUACACUUGGACAAUAUUCAGACCAAGAUAAAGGAACGACACGCCGAACUUCUCGCUAUGGACAAAGUGAUUUACCAUAAAAGCACGAAGGACUUGUGUACAUACUCUUUCCACAAUACCGACCCCACUAUGACUCUUGUGAUCGUGUUCGAAAACGGGAAGCAGAAGGAUAAAGAAACUCAUAUCACGUCGUUUAUGAUGGACCUGUCUACGCAAAUUAGAUGCAAUAAAGUUUAUGAAUGUCUCAAAUUAUCAAAAUGAAUGUCUGCGCGAAAGUAAAAGUAUGAAAAUAUUGGAUUAUGCCAAAGACAUAAUUAUAUGUUAAAAAACUCAUUAAUAUAAGUUUAUCAUGUGAUAUACGGUUAUAUAAAGUAAUAAGAAUAA